UUCCGCCGUCGUCGCCGCCAUCCUUGGCGCGACUCGCCUCGUUCGUAUCUGCCUGGGAGAAUCCACUGCCAUCCGCCACUAUGGUGAACUUCACAGUAGACCAGAUCCGGGCCAUCAUGGACAAGAAGGCCAAUAUCCGAAACAUGUCGGUCAUUGCCCACGUGGACCACGGCAAGUCCACGCUGACCGACUCCCUGGUCUGCAAGGCCGGCAUCAUUGCCUCCGCCCGGGCUGGGGAGACCCGCUUCACUGACACUCGGAAGGAUGAGCAGGAGCGCUGUAUCACCAUCAAGUCCACCGCCAUCUCCCUCUUCUACGAGCUUUCGGAGAACGACCUGAACUUCAUCAAGCAGAGUAAGGACGGCUCCGGCUUCCUCAUCAAUCUCAUUGACUCGCCCGGCCACGUUGACUUCUCCUCGGAGGUGACAGCUGCCCUCCGUGUCACUGAUGGUGCCUUGGUGGUGGUGGACUGCGUGUCUGGUGUGUGUGUGCAGACAGAGACUGUCCUGCGCCAGGCCAUCGCCGAGCGUAUCAAGCCCGUGCUGAUGAUGAACAAGAUGGACCGGGCCCUGCUGGAGCUGCAGCUGGAACCCGAGGAGCUCUACCAGACCUUCCAGCGCAUCGUGGAGAACGUCAACGUCAUCAUCUCCACCUACGGCGAGGGCGAGAGCGGCCCCAUGGGCAACAUCAUGAUCGACCCUGUCCUUGGUACCGUGGGCUUUGGGUCUGGCCUCCACGGCUGGGCCUUCACCCUGAAGCAGUUUGCUGAGAUGUACGUGGCCAAGUUCGCCGCCAAGGGUGAGGGCCACCUGGGGCCUGCUGAGCGAGCCAGGAAAGUGGAGGACAUGAUGAAGAAGCUCUGGGGCGACCGGUAUUUUGACCCAUCCAACGGCAAGUUCAGUAAGUCUGCUACCAGCCCCGAUGGCAAGAAGCUGCCCCGGACGUUCUGCCAGCUCAUCCUGGACCCCAUCUUCAAGGUGUUUGAUGCAAUCAUGAACUUCAGGAAAGAGGAGACAGCAAAACUGAUCGAAAAACUAGACAUCAAGCUGGACAGCGAAGAUAAGGACAAGGAGGGCAAGCCUCUCCUGAAGGCUGUGAUGCGCCGCUGGCUGCCUGCUGGGGAUGCGCUGCUGCAGAUGAUCACCAUCCACCUGCCCUCGCCUGUGACUGCCCAGAAGUACCGCUGCGAGCUCCUGUACGAGGGGCCCCCGGACGACGAGGCUGCCAUGGGUAUUAAAAGCUGUGAUCCCAAAGGCCCCCUUAUGAUGUACAUUUCCAAAAUGGUGCCAACCUCUGACAAAGGUCGUUUCUACGCCUUUGGACGGGUUUUCUCGGGGUUGGUGUCCACUGGCCUGAAGGUCAGGAUCAUGGGGCCCAACUACACGCCCGGGAAGAAGGAGGACCUAUACCUGAAGCCAAUCCAGAGAACGAUCUUGAUGAUGGGUCGCUAUGUGGAGCCCAUCGAGGAUGUGCCAUGCGGGAACAUUGUGGGCCUGGUGGGCGUCGACCAGUUCCUGGUGAAGACAGGCACCAUCACCACCUUUGAGCACGCCCACAACAUGCGCGUGAUGAAGUUCAGCGUCAGCCCUGUGGUCAGGGUUGCCGUGGAGGCCAAGAACCCCGCCGACCUGCCCAAGCUGGUGGAGGGCCUGAAGCGCCUGGCCAAGUCGGACCCCAUGGUGCAGUGCAUCAUCGAGGAGUCGGGCGAGCACAUCAUCGCGGGGGCUGGCGAGCUGCACCUGGAGAUCUGCCUGAAGGACCUGGAGGAGGACCACGCCUGUAUCCCCAUCAAGAAAUCCGACCCGGUGGUCUCGUACCGGGAGACUGUCAGUGAGGAGUCGAACGUGCUCUGCCUCUCCAAGUCCCCGAACAAGCACAACCGUCUGUACAUGAAGGCGCGGCCCUUCCCUGACGGCCUGGCAGAGGACAUCGACAAGGGUGAGGUGUCGGCCCGCCAGGAGCUCAAGCAGAGGGCCCGUUACCUGGCAGAGAAGUACGAGUGGGACGUGGCUGAGGCCCGCAAGAUAUGGUGCUUUGGGCCCGACGGCACUGGCCCCAACAUCCUGACUGACAUCACCAAGGGUGUGCAGUACCUCAACGAGAUCAAGGACAGCGUGGUGGCCGGCUUUCAGUGGGCCACCAAGGAGGGGGCGCUGUGUGAGGAGAACAUGCGGGGUGUGCGCUUUGAUGUCCAUGAUGUGACCCUGCACGCUGAUGCCAUCCACCGUGGUGGCGGGCAGAUCAUCCCCACAGCCCGGCGCUGCCUCUAUGCCAGUGUGCUGACCGCCCAGCCCCGCCUCAUGGAGCCUAUCUACCUUGUGGAGAUCCAGUGUCCAGAGCAAGUGGUCGGUGGUAUCUAUGGUGUCCUGAACAGGAAACGAGGCCAUGUCUUCGAGGAGUCCCAGGUGGCCGGCACCCCCAUGUUUGUCGUGAAGGCCUACCUGCCUGUCAACGAGUCAUUUGGCUUCACGGCUGACCUGAGGUCUAACACGGGCGGCCAGGCCUUCCCCCAGUGUGUGUUCGACCACUGGCAGAUCCUGCCCGGAGACCCCUUCGACACCACCAGCCGCCCCAGCCAGGUGGUGGCCGAGACCCGCAAGCGCAAAGGCCUGAAGGAGGGCAUCCCGGCCCUGGACAACUUCCUGGACAAAUUGUAGGUGGCCCUCGCUCGCGGCAGCGGCCGGCAGCCCUGGGUGGGACUCGGCCAGUGCGUGUCCACAGCCCCACGUCAUCACGUUCUUCUCACGCCUGGAGACGUCACCCCGGCCCGCCUGCCCUUCCGCGUGGCGUCGGGGACCACUCUGUGCCAUCGCCCCAACAUCCACACUUGAUGCCGUUCUUCCUGAUAUUUAUUUCAAGAUUUCAGAGGGCCGCGGAAAUGGCCUCUCUGCAGGGACUUAUUUGGCUGGUGGGGGUGGGACACCUGACACUUUUUUUUCCCGUUUCUUCAGAGGGAAACUCAAACAUCCAAAAAAAUUUAAAAUUAACGCAUUAAAAGGUUUAUUUGGGUGAAUGGCCCAUAGUGGACUUCCCUCCCCCAGAAAGGAGGAAGGGACAAGGGUAGACAUUUCUCUGUGGACAGAAACUAGAAGGCAGGAAGUUGUGUGUGGUGUCAUCGUGAGCACCUCCAGCUGUGUCAGUGCCAUUGGAAUAAUAAAUUUGGUAUGGUGGUGACUGUGUGGAGCCUACGCGACUUAUUCUUUGUUCCUUGCGCUGCCCUCUUAAGAGAGCAGGGCAGCCUCCAGUCUUCAAUAGGAAAGUUCUGUGCGGCCUCCAGUGGGAAAAUACAAGUCUGAG